GUCAAAUAUAUGCUAAGGUCACACUGCACAGUUCAAUAACAGAGUCUGGAAAAACUACGGAAUUAUCAAUGGUAUAUCCUGAAUCAUAAUUAACUUGUCACUAAAAGAUGGCAACGGAUAAUCAAUGGUCUGGAUUGUUAAUAGUGGUUAUAUUUGUUGCAAUUUUCGCUAUUACGUCAGUGUCUGCAAUGGCGAUAUAUUUUUUCUGCAAAUGUCACCACAAGAAAAAAAAGAUUAAUAUGCAGGUGCGACCAGCUCCGAACAGGAAUAGAUUAGACGACGAAGAUGACAAUGAAGAUGGAGAGCAAGGUUUUCUGUUCGAAAGGAGAGAUGAUCGUUUACAGAGGGUAACCAACACAAAUAGGGAUUCACCGAAUGCGAGAGGUCUUGGUGGGAUUUACAAUUCCCCUCAAAGACUGGAUACGCCUGCUGUGACUGGUAUAGGCAGUAAUUACAUGGCACCUCUAAACAAAAGAAGAAGCAGGGAGGAUAGAGAUAUUUUUAAGUCACAAAGACUAGUUAAAGUAGACGAAGAUGGUACUUAUGAUAGCCAUUACAGUGAUUAUACGCCUGCUGUGACUAAUAUAGGCAGUAGUUACAUGUCACCUCUAAAUAAAAGAAUGAGUAGGGAGGAUAGAGAUAUUUUCAAAUCACAAAGACUAGUUAAAGUGGACGAAGAUGGUAUAAAUAAAAGAAGGAGCAGGGAGGAUAGAGAUAUUUUUAAGUCACAAAGACUAGAUAAAGUCGACGAAGAUGGUACUUAUGAUAGCCAUACCAGUGAUCAACCAGUACCCAACACGUUUAGUGUCAACAAAAUCAAUAGAAAAAGACGGCAUAAUUCUAAUAUUAAGGACAACAACGUACAGUAUACAGGGAUCACAGACAAUUACAAAACCGCACAAAUUCUUAGAGUUGACCAUCAUGAUGACAACGUCCAAACCUUUGGUGGUAUAUAUAGGACGCCACAAAGAGUAAGAUCUCGAGAAUCUACCUCACGUGGAUCAUGUGCAAGAAGCACGAGUCCUUUUGGUGAGAGAAAAACAGAAGAGUCAAUAGAUCGUGAAAACACUCAGAGAGGCAGAAGAACCGCGGACAAUACACAAUCUAAUCCUGCACGGUUCAUGUUCACAGCUUCAAGUAAAAUGGCUUGGGGGUUUGACUCUUGAUAACUAUUGGAAUCUACAGGCCAGUGGGAUCCAGUGCAAUACU